UUUAUGAUCAUAAUCAUACUUCUCAAGCAAGUAGCGCUGAAGUCGCAAAUGUUGUUCAAAUAAAUAUUUGCGAAUAUUCUAAAGAAUCUAGUAUUAAUUUAGGAAAAAGCUCUCCAAGGUCUUUGAUUGAAGGUGAAACAGUAAAUAUGAUUACUUUAUCAGAUAGAUUAGUUAUAUUACAUUACAUGACCAGGACCCCGAAAAGUGCCGGCCCUGAAGAGAUGCGUAGAGCUAUUA